UAUACAUACAUAACACAGCCACACCCACACUCAAAUAAACACACAAAUAAGCAUGGAGCUGCGUGUUGGGAACAAAUAUCGCUUGGGCCGUAAGAUCGGCUCCGGCUCUUUCGGCGACAUCUAUCUGGGCACAACUAUCAACACGGGCGAGGAGGUGGCCAUCAAAUUGGAAUGCAUACGCACCAAACAUCCACAGCUGCACAUCGAAUCAAAGUUCUAUAAGACAAUGCAAGGUGGGAUUGGCAUACCGCGAAUCAUUUGGUGCGGCAGCGAGGGCGACUACAAUGUGAUGGUGAUGGAGCUGCUUGGUCCGUCGCUGGAGGAUCUAUUUAACUUCUGUUCGCGGCGCUUCUCAUUGAAGACUGUGCUGCUGCUCGCGGAUCAAAUGAUAUCGCGCAUUGACUAUAUACACUCACGCGACUUCAUACAUCGCGACAUCAAGCCGGACAACUUCCUUAUGGGCCUCGGCAAGAAGGGCAAUCUGGUGUACAUAAUUGACUUUGGUUUGGCCAAAAAGUUUCGCGAUCCACGCUCCUUGAAGCACAUACAAUAUAGGGAAAACAAGAACCUGACGGGCACCGCACGCUACGCGUCGAUCAACACGCAUCUGGGCAUUGAGCAGUCGCGACGCGACGAUCUCGAAUCGCUUGGCUAUGUGCUCAUGUACUUCAAUUUGGGCGCCCUGCCCUGGCAGGGCUUGAAGGCGGCAAACAAGCGACAGAAAUACGAGCGCAUCUCUGAAAAGAAACUGUCCACAUCGAUCGUUGUGCUCUGCAAGGGCUUCCCCAGCGAGUUCGUAAAUUAUCUAAACUUCUGCCGGCAGAUGCACUUCGAUCAGCGCCCCGAUUACUGCCACUUGCGUAAGCUGUUCCGCAACCUAUUCCAUCGGCUGGGCUUCACCUAUGACUAUGUCUUCGACUGGAAUUUGCUCAAGUUCGGCGGCCCGCGCAAUCCACAAGCCAUACAGCAGGCGCAGGAUGGCGUCGACGGUCAGGGCCAGGGUCAGGGUCAGGAUGCAGCUGCUGCAGCGGCAGCUGUGGCCGCUGCUGCCUCCCAUCAGCAGCAGCAACAGCACAAGGUCAACACGGCAAUGGUCACAGCCAGCGGCAGCACACAACAGAUGCUGGGCAGCAGUUCGGGUGCUGGCCAGACGCUCGCCAUGCUCGGCGGCGGUGGCGGAGCCGGUGGCAAUGGAGGCGCUGGUGGCCAAUUGAUUGGCAACGGGGGACUCAACAUGGAUGACUCGAUGGCGGCCACCAAUUCCUCGCGACAACCCUACGAUACGCCGGAGCGACGUCCAUCGAUACGGAUGCGUCAAGGCGGAGGGCUUCAAGCUGGCGGUGUUGUGGGUGAUUUGAUAAACAAUUGCAAGUCGGCGGCAAAAAAGCGAAAGUAUGCACUACAAUUAAUGCAAGCUCCACCUGCAAAAUACCGUUAUUCGUUAAACAACAAUUUGUAAUCUGUUGAAGCAGAGAGAAAAAAGGAGAGCGAGAGACAGGAUGAUGAUAUUGAAUAUGACAACAGUUGAAAACGAAGAAAACAACAGCGUAAAACAGAGACAAAGAAGAAAAGAGUGAAGGAGAAGAAGAGAAGAGCUCGAACUCAAAAACCAAGACACAAACACAAAGAGAAACCAACAUCUACACCAACACCAACACCCACUCCAACUUCUACUCUAACACACACACGUAUCACAUCCGCUCUCUAGCUAGUUCUGCGUGUGUUUUGCAUUUACACUGCUUAACAAAAAACAGGAUAAACAAAUUAUUUGCAUUUUGUUUACUUUUUUGCUCUGUACAACACGAACAACAAAAACAACAAUAGUAGUAGCAACAGUAACAACAACAACAGCAACAAAUGAGAAAUUUAUCAACCAACUCAACUGAACAAAUGGCAUUAACGAUUUAUAUUAAAUGAAAGGGCAUAUAUAUUAUAAAUUAAUAUUUAAAUAUUAAAUACAAA